AUGGACCAUCCACGCUGUGCGCCUGGAAGCCGGAAUGGGACAGCCUGCCAGCCGACGCCAGGGCGUCCGCUACGUCGGCCUGGAGGGCCUGGACGUCGUGGACCCGAAAACGAUGGCGCCCGUCCCGGCCGACGGCACCACGAUGGGGGAGAUCGUGAUGCGCGGGAACGGCGUCAUGAAGGGGUACCUGAAGAACCCCAAGGCGAACGCGGAGGCGUUCGAGAACGGGUGGUUCCACUCGGGCGACCUGGGCGUGCGGCACGGCGACGGGUGAGGGACCGUGCCAAGGACAUCAUCAUCUCCGGCGGGGAGAACAUCAGCAGCCUGGAGGUGGAGAAGGCGGUGUACCUUCACCCGGCGGUGCUGGAGGCGUCGGUCGUGGCCCGCGCCGACGAGCAGUGGGGGGAGUCGCCGUGCGCGUUCGUCACCCUCAAGGACGCCGUGGAUCGCUCUGACGAGGCGGCGCUGGCGCGAGGCAUCAUGGCGUUCUGCCGCGAGAGGCUGCCCGGUUACUGGGUGCCCAAGUCCGUGGUGUUCGGGCCGCUGCCCAAGACGGCGACCGGCAAGAUCAAGAAGCAUGAGCUCAGGGCCAAGGCCAAGGAACUGGGUCCGGUCCGGAAGAGCAGGAUGUGA